GCUGUCCAAUGGGAGAGGAGCAUCGGGCAGCGCGCGGGAGACGACGACGCUCGCGCUGCCGCCACCAGGCAACGGGUUCACUUCGCGAGGAGAGAGAGACAAAGACGCGUGUGGGUGGUAGUAGUUGCUGCUGCUGCUGAGAUUAUCGCUUUGAACGGGAGCCGGAGUUGAACGCUGAACUGGUCCUUACUGGCAUAACCCCGGUGACAUCAUGGCCAAAGAUGUCGGAUAUUUUGACAAGAACGGAGAGUUAAGGGGCUUUUUGGAAAACUUCAGCCCAUCCAAAAGCACCGUCUCUGUGGUCACGCUUCCCGUUGGGAGCCUGGGCUCGCCCGGCAAGCACAUCCUGCCCAAGACGCUCGCCCCGUCCAACGUGAACGUGCCCCAGCAGAUGUUGCUGGGCACUCCCCAGCGCAACGCUGCCAUGGCUGGCGCAGUGCUGAUGGGCAACCAGCACGGGCAGCACGGGCAGCAAGCGCAGCACACGCAGAUGCGCCCCCUGGACAGCCCACCAACAUGGUCCGGCAAGGGCCGCAAGGGAGACAAGAACGGCAAGGGCCUGCGCCACUUCUCAAUGAAGGUGUGCGAGAAGGUGCAGCAGAAGGGCACGACGUCGUACAACGAGGUGGCCGACGAGCUCGUGGGCGAGAUCACCAGCAGCGCACGACUGGCGGCCGCCGCCGGGACGUACGACCAGAAGAACAUCCGUAGGCGCGUGUACGACGCCCUGAACGUCCUCAUGGCCAUGAACAUCAUCUCGAAGGAGAAGAAGGAGAUUCGCUGGAUCGGGCUGCCCACCAACUCGGCGCAGGAAUGCCAAAACCUGGAGCGGGAGAGGCAGAGGAAGAUGGAGAGGAUCAAGCAGAAGCAGUCCCAGCUGCAUGAGUUGAUCCUGCAGCAAAUCGCCUUCAAGAACCUGGUGCAGAGGAACCAGGAGAUGGAGAAAGUGACGAAGCGGGGGCCCGCACACAACACUGCCAUCCACCUGCCGUUCAUCAUCAUCAACACGAGCAAGAAGACCGUCAUCGACUGCAGCAUCUCCAGCGACAAGUUCGAGUACCUCUUCAACUUUGACAACGCGUUUGAGAUCCACGACGACGUUGAGGUCCUCAAGCGCAUGGGGCUCACGUUCGGCCUGGAGACGGGGACGUGCUCGCCCGAGAACAUGGAGCGUGCGCGCCUCCUCGUGCCCAAGGCCCUGCAGCCGUUCGUGCGCGACAUGGCGUGUCAGGAGUUCGAGUCGGCCGAUCAGAACGCCGCGUCCGGCCGGCUGGACGGGCUGCCCUCUCCGCUGGACAUCGAGGUGGACGGCGCCACGUUGGCGUUGGCGGUGGUCGACGCGGCCCCUCGCUCCGGCGGCGGCGGCCGCUCCCGCAACGCGACGCCCUUCUCCUUCCUUGGCGACGAGGAGGAGGAGGACGAGGAGGAGGAGGACGAGGAGGAGGAUAGUGAAGAAGACAGCGACGAGGACGAUGACUCGGACUAACCGGGUGCGCGGUUGUCACGUCUCCCGCACCGCCGCCAGUGCGGAGACGCGGAGAUCACGCGGCGCGGGCGGUGCCAUCCAGGCCGAGGUCACAUUCACACAAACACCCCCCCUUCCUUCCUCCCCCUCCUCUCGUUGCCCGCGUUCAACUGGGGCCACGGCGAGGACCAGGUCUUUUAAGUAUAUCCGACCUGACCUGGGCACAGCUAAACCUGACGUGCAAGGAGACUGUUCUUCGGGUUCAACGUACCGCACACGAGGCGUCGCCAGCCGACCGCGUUGAUCGCGCACCGAGGUUGCUGUUGUUGUUGUUGCGCAUCCAAGAAAGCGUGGCCCUUCAUGAGGGAAACGAAUCUCGGGUUUCUACAUCGUGUGCGAGCUCCACCCCCUAAAGGCGUUGGUGGACCGAUCGCACGAACCGCCCGUUUAAUCGCCUCCGCCCGCGACGUCAGAUUGACGUUCGAGCGACAGCAACGUAAGCUGGCGCCACCCUCGAGCCCCAUCUCUCAUGCACGUGGACCUGAAGCGAAGACAGCUGCAACUCGGCCACUUCCUGCGCUCCGGAAGAUGACGUGCGUCGCCGUGCGUCGCCAUGGAAAUGUGCCGACGUGCCGCUCCCCCCCCCCCCCCCCCCCCCCCCUGUUGGCCCCAGUUCCCUACAUCGGGCAAACGAGCUCUGGUGCUGGCCAGGGUCCUCUUAAUUAAAACCUGCCGUGGGUUCCAAACAACCCCCUUUUUUUUUUAAAAGCCUGUUCGGAUCCGAGCAAGUUUAAAUCCGAGUUGUGAUUCCUUGUGUUCCUGAUACAACUCUCCCGUGCGGUGUGCAGGAUUCACUUAGCAGUGCGAGUGCCGCUGCCUAGGGGCGGAUUUCUUGCUGUGAACAAACGCUUUUGCUUGUAAUUCCCCACGUUCUUUAUUCAUUUGCGGUCCAGGUUUUUUUUAUCAGACUGUGCAGCCCAUCGUAGCUCCUUAAUUCAGGCCGGUGUUUUUUUUUUAUAGGUCCAGAAUUUAGCGCAGGCUACAACCCUCUUCUGUUCUUGCAGUUUCCUCUUUUUUUUUCGCAGCCACACUGAUGAGCUGUUCAAUCAUACGUUCAACACAGAUCCUCGCACAUAACUCGGAGCAGAUACGGUCAAGAUGAACGCACAAGCGUAAACUCGGUUUCGGCAAUGUCUCUGCUGCGUCAGGCGGGUCUUUUAACGCGUAUAUUUUUAUAUCCAGCAGUCGACUGCCAUCGGUGUGUUCCUAUCUACAGCCUCCGGUCCCUUCGGCAAACGUGCAGCUAUGUGGCUGAUAGGGUCAGUCCUCUUUGUACCUGUGAGUCCGACGCCAGCCGUUCAUUGGCCUCUAUUUAAUAACCACUGAGAUCGUUUUAUGUUGCGUACGGAAGAGCAGGGUAUUUAUAGUUUACGCGGGGACGACGACGUUGCGAGUAGAUUGCGCGCGGCGCGUCGCUGGUGCCCGUGCGGUGACGAGCGCUCGUUGGCGAGCGCUUGCGAACGGGCGCAGGUCGCCGUGUGGCACCAACGAUGCGGGGAUCACGUCGAUGGUGCCACCCGGCGACCUGCUCUCGCUAACGAGCGGCGUGGCCGUCCCCUCGCUGCGCGUGCCACGCUCGCACGCCCGGUCUCUCUUUAACGCGAGUCCUGCUGCGAGCACGAUCCCGAACCGUUGGCCAAGUCCAAGCCCUUUGCUCUCACCCUCGUCUCGGCCGUGCUGCGUUAGCUGCGCUAGCGACGCUGGUGGCUGGAUACUCGUGAGGGCCGCGUGAUCGUGCUGAGCCAGCACCGCUGGGAAUCCUCGGCGUGAGUCCAGGCAGUCACUCCAGCUGCUCCCUGCUGGUGGGCCGAUAGUCUCGGCCCAGGCACCGACGACUACAAAAAAUAUAAGCAUCUCCUUUUACGAGUUCGUUCCUUCACGUUACCGAUCGCCGAUGGGGGGGGGGGGGGGGGGAACGCGCAGAGAGCCGCUCCUUGCAGCACGAAAGGGGCGCACCUGGCACGUGUUGCGUAAGGGCGUCCUCGUGAAACGACCGCACAAGUACGUUUGCGUGCCUCUUAUCCGCAGUGAACUUGGGGGACCCGUUUGCAGAUGAGCAAAAUUGUGGAUCUGAGGAGUCGUGGUGUAGUCUGAGAAAAGAUUUCUCUUAACCGCGACGUUGUUGGAAAAUAUGCGGGGCGACGGGAAUGAUUCUGCGUGCGGGACAACGCGCGCCGCAGGUGUGGUGCCUGAGCAUCGUGAACGUCGGGAUGAGUUCUCCACUUGGGUGUGGUUUGUGAAUCCAACUCCCUCGCCGUGUCGUGCAGGCCUCCUCUUCUUAUCCAAGGAAGCCAUGGAGAAUGGAGGUGAAUUUAAGAACUGGCAACACGUUUUCUUUCUGUUAUCUUUUAACUCGAGGGUAGGCGAGGAGCGCCGACGCUGGGUGAUUGGGAAUAGUUGCAAGAUCUGUUAGGCCCUGCGGAUAAUAGGAUCGCAGAUGAGAGGAGACUCGUUGUGAGUUGAUGGUCUCGCACCGUUCUCCCGGGUCGUUCUGGCGCACCACGUGUGACCCACCCCGUGCUGACCGAAAGAGGAAUACGUGAGGGAUGUUCGUCGACUCAUAAUCGAUUUUUGGGGCUGAUCGCGCAAGUUCGAAUGUGUCUUGAACCCUCCAACCGACGCAGCCAAUAUAUAAGUUUGACACACAAACGAUCAAUUACGAAUGAUGUUGGUCACGAAAAGCGCUGUGUGUUAAAUGUAUCAACUUCUACGAGGUGGAUGCUUUUUGCAAUUCCGUCAACUGUGCAUGGUCAUGCCGGUUGUAAACUAGCACUGAAACGUCGUAGCCAAUUGUUACAUAUGUGUGUGGAUCGCUCUCCCAAACACCACAUCGGUGUGCUGAAGCAGUCAUAAAAUUGGCACGUUUGUUCUUCACGUGACUACUUAAUUGGCUGUGUUGGGUGGAGGAUUUACGACACAAUUUACUUCCACCAUCUGACCCAAAAAAACCAUCGUAUGAAUCAUGAUAUUGGAAGCCUCCGUGUUAAAGGGGGGGAUGUUGGUGAUUUAUGUCGUAAAAAUAUAUAUGUAAGAGUUUCAUCCCAAAAUUUAUCCUAAAAACCAGCCAUAUUUGUAGGUCUGCGUGCAUGCUUGAUGCGUACCUCAGCCAUGCAACAAACACUGUUCAUCACUGCCGUCCGUUACGAUUUUUACGAUCGUUUGUGUUAAAGCUGCGCCUAAUCAAUGCCAUCCUCUCCAAGACUGCGGGUUCUACCCCCACCCCCUGCCCGCCCGCCUCUCCAAUAGGAGCCGCUGACAAGACGAUUGGAACCUCUGCUCCUGUUUACCGAGAAUACAUCAAGCACUUUGAUCCGCCGCUGUUACAAAAAUACGGUGCACCGUGCGCGCCGCCAUCUGACGUUUGCUGUGCAGGCGGUUUGUCUGCCGUCCUACGUGGCAGUUUCUGUUUUUGUGAUCCCUUUGGGUUUUAAAGCGAAGCCGAAUUGCUUUUCCAAGAGUCUCGGCAAUGGAGGGCAGUUGCAGAAUCACCGUGUGUGUUGUGAGCGCGUUUGGAGCUGUGUGGGGGAAAAAAAGGAGAGGCCAGAUGAAGCGUUAUAUAGUAAUCGGUAUUCUAGUCAGAAUAUUUGUUUACCGGAGGAAUCCGAUGACCUGUAAAGAUCUUUGUUUCGCAGAUGUCCAGUAAACUUAUGCUAAUUAAUAACUACAGUAGCAUCAGUUGUUUUCCUGAGAGCCUCAAUGAGUCUUUUCCUGAGUCUCACAAAUCUGGCUGUCGCCUGAUGAAGCUAGUUGCAAUUACUGGCGAAACGUCAUGCUCAGAUUGUAAAUGUUGUGGCUUGGCUCUCCCAACACACUGGUGUGCUGUACUUACUAAUUUGCUGUGUCGGUUGGUGGCGGGUUUAACGACACAUUUUUAUAUUUACGCGAUUUAACCCCCAAAAUAAACCUAUUAUGAAUCUUCUUGGUUCUUUCGGUAAAGUCACGUAAAAGGGAAAUAAUAAAAUAAUAAUAAAAUAUUAAAGAAUUCUCACGACGUUUCGGCCACAACGCAAGCAGCCGUCAGGUGAAGAACAGGUCUGUCAGAAAGACAGCGUCUAUUUUUAUUUUAUUAUUUCCCUUCUACGUGACUUUACCGAAAGAACCAAGAAGAUGAAUCCCUGCAGUCACGAAAGCUUUAAAUCGAAACUAUUAUGAAUCAAUGAGUCUUAAAAAAUAUAUAUCAGGCUGGUCCCGCUACUUUAGGAUGUUUGGCCGGUUCCCAUUAAUGGCGGUUUUUGCUUCAUUUGGAGGACAGCGGUGAAAGGCCCAGUACUGUCAUAUCCCCUCCUGGUGACACCUCGGCCAUACGCCUACAACACCUGGCAAGCCCCGGUUCCGACAGGCUUAACCCCCACCCCCGGCUGUGCUUGUGAGAGUUAAUAAGACCGAACCCUGCUCGAUGUGCUGUUUGCGUCGCUGUGUUUUGGCCAAAGCUGUGAUGUAGUGGCAUCGUUAAGUGGGUCAUUGUGUGAGCACCACAUGAUCCAGACAUUCCCAUCCAUGAAUGUCUCAAAUUAUGACGAUAAGGCUUCAAACAUCCACUCGGGCUUGUUGUACACGUUCAUCUUUAUCCGAGUUUCGUCCAAUUAUUGAAUCUGAUAUCACUUUCUGUACGUGUGCACUAACAGUGGUCAACUGCCAAGGUGAUUGAUUACACUUGUAAUCAACGGACGCUGUACACCGCGGUGGCGAGAUGUUAACUACCUCGCCUGGUACGCAGGAGAUCGUGGGUUCGAUCCCGACCCUGACGCCUGCUGUACAUUUGGAGUUUUCAAGUUCUCUCCGUGGCCGCGUGGAUUUUUCUCCGUGUCCUCUGGUUUUUUUCCCCUCCACAUUUAGAAACACGCCUUUCGAGUAUUUGGCCGCUACACAUUUCUACACGAUAAGCCACUUAGUUGAGCUAUCAUUUGUGGCCAAAUCGCUUGUAAAAUAAAGCUAAAUAGCUCAGUGGAUAAAAAAAAGUUUAGUAUAUUGUCUCGUGUUGGUUGUCAGUCUGGACAUUGUGUUUGUGUCCAGAGUCUGGCUCUUGGUACCGUUAAGAAUAUCCGAUGCGAUUCCUGCCUCAAACACACCCGUGUCAUGGCGCAAAAGUUAUCUUUGCCAAAGCAGUUUUCGUCUUCCGUCAAAAACCCGCGCCGUGACGCCGAUGCCCCCCCCCCCUCCUCCUCCUCACACCCCCCCUCCUCAUGGACCCCCCCCCCACUGCGUUGUGUGCAACACGGCCCAUGUGCGCGGUGCUCGGCCAUCGGCGUCGAUCCAAGGGGGGGAGGGCAAUGGGUGAUCGAUUGCCCCCCCACCGAGACCUGUGAUGAGUGUCACUCGUGUGUAGGCUGCGCGUCGCGUUUAGUUAAUCGACUAAUUUAGAUUCUCGUGCGCAGGACACAAACGCACGCUCGUGUGCCGUGUGCGUGUUAGCGAGCCGUCGUGUAGCGGUGAGCGCACUGCUCUUCGGAGCCGGCGACCCGAGUUCGAUUCCCGCUCACGGCCAACAUCGGUGACGAUUAUCUGAACCGGUCCUGGGCCCCUUGCCUAGGUCGACUCAGCCUAAAAUGAGUACCUGGUGCGGUGUGUAAGCAUUGCCAUUGGGGGAGAUGAAGGUAGCCGGACGUGGUGGUGGCCACCCACCCCCUCGUGUGCCGUGUCCCGGCCUUCACAGGUGCUCGCUCACAGCACUUGCCCCAACAGUCUGUUCAGGCUACAUGGCUGGAGGAGGGGGCAGCGAAGGGGGGGUUUUUGUAGUCGACCCGUGGGUCUGAGAGUUGACGUCCUGGGAUUUCUUUGGUGAUUGCGUGCUAGUUUGUGGCAGAGGUCGCAAACGGGUUUUGAUUCCUUACCCGUACCCGGCCGCACCAGGGUCUCAAACGGCUACCCGUGCCCGGCCGGGUACGAGUAGCCGGGUAUCGGGUAGGGUACAGGUAUCGGGUACCCGGUUGCGACCUCUGGUUUGUGGUGUGCUCCCUCGGGACUUGUGGAAUGCACAGACACACGAGAGACAGAGAACCAGUACGAGCGCCUUUGGGUGGGUGAAACGAGACGCACAAGUAAAUUGCAACAACGAAACCGUGCCCGAAGCAUUCACCUCGUCAUCGCUGUGGUGGUGGUGGGGGGGGCUACAUCCUUUGCGUACCGAGUGUUGACCCUUGCCAGCCUUAAUCCACCGAGCCGCCAGAGAGCCUCUCGAAUGGCCCCAUAAUCUCAGUAUCCACACGCACAAGACGUUGCUGGGGUUUCCCCCCCAACCCACCC